CACAGUUGGGACUUGGGGAGAAUCGAACAGCAUGGUACGACUCAACUACGAGUUGUUUUUUCGUCCAAACGCUAUUCAGACUAUUCCAAUGGUUGAAAUGCGAAGAUGGCAAGAGAGCUUGGACUGCUGAUGAUUUAGUCGACUUCCCCCGGACGACUCAUCGACUCAUCAUCAACUUCUACCCUCUUAACUUCUACCUCACUGCGACGUCGUCAGUUCCGACAACCUCUUUCUCCCUCUCCUAUCUACAGUCAAGGCGGGAGUUCACUUUCGCGCACAAUUCUGCUCGAAAUGCUGAGCUGUUUUGGUGGAUCAAGAAGGCGCCGUGGGAAUAAUUUUGCUCAUCAAGAAGCUCGACAUGCUGGAGAUAGUUCAAGUGCAAUCACAAAAAGUUUCACAUACUCGGAGUUGAAAGAAGCAACAAACAACUUCAGUCAAGUUAGUAAGAUAGGAAGAGGAGGUUUUGGUAUUGUUUACAAGGGAACUCUACGGAAUGGCUUACAAGUGGCAGUAAAAGCACUCGCUGCUGAAUCCAAACAAGGGGUCCGCGAAUUUUGGACAGAGAUUGAAACUAUAUCAAAUGUAAAACAUCCAAAUCUGGUCGAGUUAAUUGGGUGCUGUGUUCAUGGUGACAAUAGGCUCCUAGUCUAUGAAUAUUUAGAGAACAAGAGCCUUGAUCGAGCAUUGUUUGGUCAAAGUAGGACUGUUCACUUGGACUGGAGAACAAGAGCUGCUAUAUGCAUGGGAACUGCCCAGGGUCUAUCUUAUCUUCAUGAAGCUUUGGUACCACAUAUAGUGCACAGGGACAUUAAAGCCAGCAAUAUAUUGCUAGACAAAGCUUUUAUGCCAAAGAUAGGCGAUUUUGGGUUGGCUAAGCUUUUCCCAGAUAACAUGACCCACAUAAGUACCAAAAUAGCAGGAACAACUGGUUACCUGGCACCUGAAUAUGUAUUAGGGGGUCAGUUAACAUUAAAGGCUGAUGUCUACAGCUUUGGUGUCCUGAUGCUGGAAGUUGUAAGUGGGAAGAACAAUUCAGGUACUAACUGGGGAGGACAACAGAAAAUACUUCUUGAACAGGCAUGGCAGCUGCAUGAAGGCGGCAAUCUGUUAGAGCUUGUGGAUCCCGAGCUGGAUCAGUUCCCAAAGGAGGAAGUCUUAAAGUAUAUGAAGGUUGCGCUUUUCUGUACCCAAGCAAAUGCAAGCCGUAGACCAAUGAUGAGUCAGGUCAUCAACAUGCUAUCUCGAAACAUCAAACUAAAUGAGGAAGAACUGACCCCACCUGGUUUAUUUCAGGAUCCUGUUGUUGGGCUGAAUGUUCCCCCAAAACAGAAUGUAUCUGACACAUCUACUAGUCAGCCUAUGAGCUCUGCCCCGUUCACUAUCACUCAGGUGAGUGCUAGAUAAAAAUCAUUACUGCACACAGGAAUCGUAAAGUGAAAAAAACCAUCUGGAACAUGUAUAGGCAGCAGGCUGCAAUUUGCACAAAGAAAAGGAGUCUGAAAUGGGGUGUAGUUAUACAGAGAGUGCCAUGUUAGGCUGAUCAUGUUAUUAUUAUCAUUCUUAUUUUCAUUUGGUGAUGUUCUAUUCUUUAUCUCCUUUUGUCUUUCUUUUAAUAUAUGGCUUUCUGUAUUUGACAUUGAGUGAAUAUACAUUAUAUUUCCUCUUCACUUUGCUGUAUCCCCAUCAUCAUCA